AUGACAGAAGUAAAUCCUCUCAAUUCUUCAGAAUCUUCUCGUCCCACUAAUCCUUCAGAUGACUCUUCUAGCCCAUAUUAUCUUCAUCCAAGUGAUAAUCCGGGUUCUCUCUUGGAUUCAGAAAUUUUUGUAGGAGAUAACUACAUCACUUGGAGUCGAUCGAUCACUAUGGCUCUCACUAUCAAGAACAAGGUAGCUUUCAUUAAUGGUUCGAUUACUGCUCCUCCUACUAAUCAGCAUGUUCAUCAUACUGCUUGGCUUCGUGCCAAUAAUUUGGUGCUUUCUUGGCUCAUGAAUUCUAUUUCUAAAGAUAUUAGAAAUAGUUUGCUUUAUGUAGCAUCUGCUGUAGAUCUUUGGAAUGAGUUAAAAACAAGAUAUUUGAGAAGCGAUGGCCCAAGGGUUUUUCUCCUUGAAAAAUCUCUCAGUUCUAUAACUCAGGGCUCUUCAUCAAUCACUGAAUACUUCAGUGUUUUCAAAACCUUAUGGGAUGAGUAUCAAUCUGAAUAUGUGUUAAAGUUCUUGGUUGGGUUAAAUGAUUCCUAUGCUUCAGUCAGAAGUCAAUUACUUCUUAUUUUCCCAUUGCCAAGCAUGGCUAAAGUCUUUUCUUUACUGCUUCAAGAGGAAAGCCAAAGACAAUUAACCAAUUCUGUAUGCCAUGAAACCCAUGCCUUGUUAGUCAAACAGAAUACUCAACCAUUUGUUCAGUCAAAGUUCUCCAAAGACAAGCAGAAGAAGUCUUCUUUGUACUGCACUCACUGUGGAUAUAAUGGACAUACAAUGGAAAAUUGCUUCCAAGUUCAUGGUUAUCCUCCUGGUUGGAUUGGACUUAAAGGAAAGCGAAAUCUUCCUACUGCCCAUGCUGCCAUUUCAACUGGAGAGGUUUACAUUCAAAACAGUAAUGAGAAUCAAAAGUUUUCUUUAACUUUUGAGGAAUUUACUAAACUACUAGCACUUGCAAAUUCUAAUCCAUCCCCUACACCAGCUGUGAACCUUGUUACUUCUCAAUUCUCUGGACCAAUCAGCAAAGAAGAUGAUUGGGAUUGCAUUUGA